AUGGCUACCACCAGCCCUACUACCAAUCUGAUUAUCGAUAGCCCUACUAUCGAUCUGAUCACCAACGACCCUACCAAUCUAAUUAUCGAUAGCCCUACUAUCGAUCUGAUCACCAACGACCCUACCAAUCUGACCACUAACGACCCUACUACCAAUCUGAUUACCAACGACCCUACUAGUCAACCAUCUAAUCUUCUACCCCCGCCAGAGCAAACCUUCGCAUCUCGCGUUCUAUUGGUCGAUUUUGUGCGCCAAUUUGGUCAGGGAUAUAUUCAGACGAAUCAAACGCCCAAGAUGGGAUGA